AUGACAGUUCCGUAUCAGUGCAUUGUAGCGCGAAGUUCUGAGUCUUCAGAUGACUGGACUGUGUUUGCUGCGAGCGGCUCCAAGAUUGUAGUUCAAUCCAGUCGCGGGUCAGUGACGACAUGGCCACAGCAAGACGCCCAAACUGAAGAUCAACAGGAGGGCGACUCCGAAGAGCGACCAGGAAAACGCAUCAAAUUGGAACAACCGAAAGAGCAAAAAUCGAACUUUGCCAGUCUCAUCUUUUCAAAUGAUGGACAGUACUUGGUCGGCAUCACCGGCGAAGAUAAAUGCGUUCGGGUCUUCCAGAUCGAUGCUCAGAACCGGCUGCACCAGUUGAGCGAAAGACGGCCUUGCUCGAUCACUCUCACGUCUGACGAUGCAACCAUAUUGUGUGCAGACAAGUUUGGCGAUGUCUACGCAUUACCGCUUCUCCCUUCGCCUGACGACGACAAGGAAGAAGAGUUGCCCGAGGCACUAGCAACUGAAGAGGCCGAUGAGAAAGAAUGGAUCCCCUCCGCUACUACUCUCACCGUUCACUCUGGGAGGAACCGAAAGACUCUCGAAGAGCAGCUGAAACGGAAAGCAAAAGGCCCAGCGAAGCCCAAGGAGACUAUGCGAUUCAAGCACGAGCUGCUCCUAGGCCACGUUUCUAUGCUCACAGAUGUCGUCUAUGCUCAGGCAGACAGACGGGGCUAUAUCAUGACAGCAGACCGGGACGAGCACAUCAGAAUAUCACGAGGCCCACCGCAAGCGCAUAUCAUAGAGGGAUUCUGCUUCGGCCACGAAGCGUUUGUGAGCAGGCUUUGCCUCACACAAUCUGGCCUACUUGUGUCUGGCGGUGGCGACGAUCACUUAUUUGUAUGGGAUUGGCAGAACUACCUCUUGAAGGAAAAGCUGGCCAUCCGUGAUCUUGCCUUCACUCAUCUCCAGGAGCGUGGCAUGAUCCCAGCAGGAGUAAAUGUGGCAACGUACAAGGUCGCGGUUUCUGGAAUAUGGAAUUUACCAAGCAAGGACGGUGCCGAGACAGUUGUUGUGGCAUGCGAGGGAGUACCAGCGCUGUUCAGCUUCAGAUUAGGUGCAUCUGUACCAGGCUAUGCCAUUCCACUGGACGGCAACGCGCUGGACCUUGCCAUCAUCCGCACGUCUACUGGUCCUUUGAAGUUGGCUGUGUCGAUAGACAACAUCCAGAAGCCAGGCUCAACCACCGAAGUUCGGGAAGACACGGCACCAAGACUGCAAUACUUCGCAAGACAACAAGACGGUACAUGGCACGCAGAUGCAGAGCUCGCAGAGACAUUGAAGAGUUUCGAACAAGGUGGUGACGACCGACUUGCAGAUGACAAAGCAGUCCGGGAUAUGCUCUACAAUGUGGAGAACCUCAGGAAGCGUCCAGGCGCGGAGGAUUAG